UGUACAGCGGCCGCCGCGCUCCGGUUUCACAAAGUCUCUGACAGGCGGAGCGGCGCGCUGUUUUUACGCAUAGCCUCCAGUCCUGCGAGGCAUUGUAGACAUUGUUUAGUAGCUGUGUCGUGGACUCCUGCGAAGACACCGGAGCGCCACAGUCUCUGACAACUGGAUACCUGAGUCCAAAGGUGCUGAGACUCUGCGAGUAGCCGUGACAGGACACCGGCCACAGAGAGAGAAAGGGAUUUUUGGCCCGCGUAAAUAACUAAGAGGAGGAGGCGCCUCUCGCGUUGAAGCAGAACCGCUUUAGAUGGAUUUUUCAUGUUUGCUUCAGCCUCAGUGGAGCCAGCCUGCUCUGAACUCUUACAAGCCGUGACAAUAAGGUGUAGAACAUGACACAUCGCGGUGUAUGGAUAGCCCAAAACAUGAGCUGCGCCCAGCGUGGAAGAAGCGGCUCCGCUGUCCUGUCCUGUGCGCGCUUGGAGCAGAAUGCGCACAAGGCAGCUGGUGGGACCAGAUGGAGGGUUCGGAGGAAGGAUAGACAGGGGAUUGCCUCUGUAAUGUCAGCAAAGGCCAAGGUGCUGCUGUGGGUGCUCCUCUCUCUGCUGCCUCUUGUGGAAGGAGCCCAUAUGAAAGCUGGUGCUGCUGGUGUGGGUUCAGACUCGGGCCAUGCCGCCAGCCUGCUGGCAGGCCAGGAGGAACGAGAGCUUCCUGUGACGCUGCCAGAGGUGUUGGCGGACGAGGAGCAGGAAGGCGACAGUGACCCUUACUCUACUUGGCACGCUCUUUAUGACCCCUUUGUAACAGAUGAAGUGGAUGACCAUCCUAGUAUUCGCUGGGUGGGGCGCUCGCCACGCUCCUCUGACCCCUCAGAACCUCAACCCAGCGGAUCACCAAAGAAAAAGAAGAAGAGGAAGAAGAAAGAAAAGGAGGAAGGGGAAGGGACGGGAAAAGCAGAUAGAAAGGGUAAAGGUAAGAGCAGGCAGCCCAAGCAGAGCAGCAGGGACUGCCGUGUGGAGAAGAGAGAGAUGAGGGUUCGGGACCUGGGCCUGGGCUUUGACUCGGACGAGAUUGUCCUCUUCAAGUUUUGCGUGGGCUCCUGCCAGUCUUCAAGAACAAACUACGACCUGGCACUGAAGGCGCUGCUGGACAACGGCUCGCUGCCCCGGCGCACCGCCCGCAAGGUUAGCAACCACCCCUGCUGCAGGCCCGACCGGUACGAGCCGGUUUCCUUCAUGGACGCCCAGACCACGUGGAGGACCAUCCAGUCGUUAUCAGCUGCCAGCUGCAUGUGUAUGGGCUGAAGACACCAACCAGGGAGAAGGUGGCAAGGACGGGUGUCACCCAUCCUGACCAGAGAGGAGUCAAGGGGCUCGGGUUGAGGAAGGCCUGGGUACAGGGAAGAGCCAGAGGGGGGCGCUGUAACACGCAGAGCAAGGAAGUGACAGCGGCCACUUGUUGGUUUCCGGUGGUGUAUUUCCUGUUGAGGAGAAAGAGUGCAGCUGGUUGAUUCAGGUGAAAAGGUCAAACUCAGAGACUAAAGGGAAACGCAGAUGCUAGAUCGGACCCGUUGGACGUGUUGAUGUCACCACACGAGUAUACUGCGUAGACAUUAACACUCCGUCACUGCAGUCGGACACUGACUGUAACGGAGUAUAGCGUCACUUUGCAUCGUUAUAAAACACCAAUAAAGGCUUCUAAACCAACAACACACACAGCUGGACAAAUUGAGGAGAAAUUAACGACAUCUGCACCAAGAUUACAGGUUUCCCUGAUGUUAGCCUGUUGCUGCAUGUAGCAGUGAAAUGACUUACGGAGUAUAGCCGCUAAAUCACAAAUAAAGGUUUCUAAACUAAAAACUACCACUCAAACAAAGCAUUCUGAUGAACAGGUUUGUAAAAUACAGUACGAAAAUGUAGGCACACCAAUUCGUAUCCUUGAUGUCCUACAACAUUAGGGACCACCGGCCACAGGCAGUUGGUGGUUGAGUUUAGCUGAAAAUACGUAACUGGUAGCUGGGUACAGGCACUGCCAGAUGACAGUCCUCUCAGGGUGAGCGUCAUGUGGCGCCGACUUAAGUUUAGACAACAAAACGAUUAGUUUAGUUUAGGAAAAAAAUUGUGGCUUGUAUUAAAACACUCCCGAGGAACAAACACAUAUUUCCUGGGUGAAAGUGUU